AUGAGGGUUCCUCUUUCCGUGGGGCCACCCCACCUGUUGCUGCUGCGGCGGCGGUGGGCUAACAGAAUAACCGUGGUGAGGACUCUGGCCCCAUUGAAUUUCCACCCCUACAGGAAUAUCACCAGUGCACAGAACCAGCAGAGGACAAACCGAUCGGAAAAGGAGCUGGAGAAAACCAUAAAACUGGUGGAUAAAAUUUUAAAGGAAAAUAAUUUCGACGUAUUUAUGAAAGGAAUGGGCAAUGGGGGGGUCCCCAGAGUAGCAGCAAAAGAGGUAGACGCGUAUAAAUUUCUGCAUCUACUAAACAGGAUUCUGGUUCUGAGCAAAGAGGCCGACUGCUCCUCCGAUGGGAGGACAAACAUAUGGAAAUGCCCCACCUUUUUAAACCUCCUCGGUUACAUCAAGUUAAAGAUCCCAUCGUUUAACAUUCAGGAGAUGUUUCUCUUCGCCUUGUGCUUCUCAAAAAUACAGUUCAUGCCUCAGAUGCUAAUCCAUGAUUUUCUACUCACUAUACAGGAGAAACCCUACUUGCAAGGUUUCCUUGAAGCAGAUGUGAAUAAAUUUUUCCAGUUUUUUUUUAUCGUCACUAGUAUGAAGAACAUGCGGGUGGGGGAGCAGACGGAUUUAAUGUUCGCUACCUUUUCGACUAAUUUUGUAGAGGUCGUUUUGGACUUCCUUGCUGGGGCGGAUGUCACACCGUCGGAUGAAUCCACCGAAUUGAACAGUGACCUACCUGGUGACCUACCCCGCCAUUUACCCCUCGACUGCUACCACCUCCUGUGCGUCGGCCUCCACAACGCAAACGUAAGGAACGCCCCCCUCAUGCACCGAGUGGCCACAGAAAUUGUGCACCUCCUAAACGAUCAUCACACCCUCGACAAGCAAGACCAAAUCGAUGCAGCCAAGAAGCUCAUUAACAUUUACCUGGCGUAUGUUUCCCUAAGAUGUGAAAAUUAUUACCUCUAUGAAAAGCUCAAUACAUAUAUGUACAACCUUAUUGGGGAACUACCCUUAGCUAGCUGCCUAACUUUGCUGCUCUCCAUAGCGACUUUAAAGGAACAAAAAUGUUUUAACUUCCCCCUAUGUAUGCUCUCAUCGUUGGAAAAGAAUUUCUGUUGCAAGUUUUACUCACUAGAUGCAAAGGAUCUGCUUCUACUGAUUUACUUAUUCACUUACUUGAACCUGCACGUAGCUAAUACGGAUGCAUAUGUGUGUAUGUUGGACCACCUCUUUAACGUCCACAAGUUUGAAGCGUCUCAUGAAGAGGAACGAGUUAAGUUGUUUCAGAUUUAUGUGAGUCUGAUGCAGUCCUUCCCGAGUGCAGUGUCACGUGGAUUGGACUCCUUGAGGGAAAACCACACAAACAGCUACUGCGAUAAUGAAGUAGAUGUAGAAGUAGAAGUGGACGAGUCAGACCAGCGCACACGACGAACUAAGCUGCAAAACGCCUUAGAAAAGAUCCAAGCCAGCAUGCAGAUGCAACAUGAACAGAACCCACCAGAAUACGCACAGGAGUUAAAUGAAGAAGUGGAUAAUCUGCACGAAAUGUUACGCCAAAUAAGUGGAAGCACGUUCUGCAUAAAAAAUCUGAGCAAGAACAAAGUGCUACUUAACUACUACCUUAGUCAUAUCUCCUUCGAUCUUAAAAAAGAGGGAAGUCCAGAAACGGAAUCUCAAAAAGUGGUUAUCCUUUUUGACACGGAUAAGACCCACUUGUGCGAUAACUCCUUUGAUAUUUACUGUAACAUGAAGCGGAAUCAUCUAACCACGUUAAAUAUGAAGUGCUUUUCGAUUAAUCUCCACCAGUGGAGGGAGCUUUCUCCGGAAGAGCGAAGGCAGUUCAUAGCGUUUGGGUUAACACACAGGUACUUCCCCAGCGGGACUGCUUCUACGUAG